GGGCCUGGCCCUGUCCGGGGGACCCGAGGCGGCGAGCCCGACCUUGAUGACGGAGGAUCGAUGGCGACCUCCUCCGUGUCCAAGGGUUGCUUUGUGUUCAAGCCCAAAGAUUCCAAAAAGAGAAAAACAUCUACCACAGCCGACUACUUUCACAAAGGCAAAGCCGUUUCAGAGAAUGACAAGUUGCGAUUUAGUUCCUAUCAGUCACUAUGGCAACAGAUGAAAGAGGAAACGGAGAGGUUGCAGGAGAAUUUAAAUGAGAAGAUGUUUGAUAACUUCAUUUCAUUUAUUAAAAAAUCCCAUGUUCAAGUUAAUUCUGAAGGAAAUGAUUGGAGCUAUCGGAUGAGGUGCUCUGAGAUUCCCACCGCAGCCCUUGUUCUUGGUGUAAAUGUGCCUGACCAUGAAAUGACAGUCCAGAGCUUAUCAGAUCUUCUAAAGCAGUCACUUACCCCACACGUCGUUUGCCUUCAGGGCAAGGAGUGCACAACUGUGAAGCAGGUUUUGCAGAAAAUUCUGAAACACCUUAUGGGUGGGAAUGGCAAUGAGGAGGAGGAGGAGGAGGAGGAAGAGGAGGAUAUGGAACGCUCUGUUGAUUUUCACCAGAUAAAAAUGAGCUGCUCCAUGGCCUCCCUGUGUAGAUGGUACAAUACUGUAGCAAAGAAAUCUACUUCAAAAAGCCCAAGGAAAAAGAGGAAAUCUUUGCUUCAGCACGAAGUGGCCCCUCCCAUAGUUAUCAUCUUCAAAGAUCUCGAGAGCUUCCUCCCCAAAGUACUGCAAGAUUUCAUAAUCAUCGCCAGUAAUUACAUCCAGCGACUCCCACUAGUGCUGGUUUUUGGAAUUGCCACGUCCCCCAUCAUUAUACACCGGAUGCUGACUCACUCAGUUUCCUCGCUGUUGUGUAUUGAGCUGUUCCAAUCUCUACCUUGCAUCGAUCAUUUGGCUGCAGUUAUUGACAAGUUGGUGUUGACAACCAAAUUCCCAUUUAAGUUGAGUGGAAAAGUGCUUCAGGUUCUGAUUAACAUAUUCUUGUACCAUGACUUUUCUGCAAAGAACUUUGUUAAAGGUUUUCAGCUAUCUCUGUUGGAGCACUACUACACCCAGCCUCUUAGUUUUUUAUGCUGUGCAUUGAAUGAAACCAAUGCCAGGGUGCACCAUCUUUCCCAUGAUGACUGUGAACUAAUCCGCCAGUUGCCAUCUUUAAUGGGCUACGUUGAUCAUCAAGAUUCAGAGAAGCAGGUUGAACUUUUGACCAAUGACCAAUAUUUAAAGACUAUUGUACAAACACUGUUGACGGACCUUCACGUUUACCACAAGAAUUACUUCGCGGUCCUAAAAUGUCUGCACAUCUUUACGUCAUCGCUUCCAAAAUAUCCUUUGGGUAAACAGAUCAGAGAGCUCUAUAUCACUUGUUUAGAGUCGAACGUAUGGGAGAUCAAGGAGUACAGUUCUGCAUUUCAACUGCUUGGAAUGAUGGCUAAAGACGAGCUCGUACGUCUGCUACAGAAAUGUGUGGAAGUAUUGCAGUCUUCAGAGCACAAAUCUCUCGCCCAGGCCACACAAACACUGGAAGAUUUUCUUGCAAAGUUUCAGAAGCUGGACGAUGCUCCUGUGGACGAUGUUGAAGAUGGUGAAGAAAACAUAACAGAAUCACAGAGAUCACUGCAGAAAAAGACUGACUUAUACCAGCUUCAAAAGACCUUAAUGGAAAUGAAGGUAUUAAAAAGACGCAAGAAACCAAGCAGGUUUGAGUGUCUGCGGAUGGAUGUUCUUCAAUUUAUGGACCAACUUGCAAGGCAAUACUUAGUGUCACCAGACACGCAGCCACUCCAUGAACUUGUAUAUUUCCAAGAUGCUAGCACGCUUCGCAGACACCUAAAUGCAGCCCCACGCGCUGCCCUGCAGAUGGCUUUAAGUAACCCGUAUUACUAUCUAAAGAAUGAAGCCUUGAAGAGCGAAGGAGGAACCAUUACCUAUGCAGCACCAGAUAUCUGUAUAAUCUACAAGCUUCACCUGGAGUGCGGACGAUUGAUUAACCUCUAUGACUGGCUGCAGGCAUUCGCUACAGUGGUUUGUGCUGCAGAAGGGAAGGACCCUGACGAAAUAAAUAACGGACAAGUGGAGGGAGUUAUACAUGCUCGUUUUAUUCGGGCAGUGUCUGAGCUGGAGUUCCUGGGCUUUAUUAAGUCAACCAAGCGGAAGACUGAUCAUGUAGCACGGCUAACGUGGGGUGGUUUCUGAGUGGAGCCAGCAAAUGUUAAAAUUCCAUCCCUGUUAGAACUGAAGAAUGUGAUACCAAUGAAAUACCACACCAGCAUUUAAAAUAAGGACUAAUAAAAUGACUUUUUUCUGAUA